AUGGCAUCUAGUAUAAAUCAAUAUAUUCAAGGGUGUAUCAUUAGAUUGCUGAUAGAAUCUAAGCAAGUCAUUACUUGUUUGACUGGUAGUAGCAAACCUAGAGAUAUUAGUAGGAUUAGUAGUCAAUCAAUGAUUGAUGGAGUUAUCAAGAGGGAGAUGAUCACUUUGACUGUACAAGAUAUACUCGAUAUUGCAUUAGUUUCAAAGUGGUGGUUCACAGUAGUUAGACAGAGGUCAAAGAUUGUAUUUAAUGGUCACUUGAACAUGAUCAAGAUACUUGAAUCAAUACAAUCAAGUAACAUAUACUCUCUCUGCUCUUCACAAUAUAUUCAAACUUUGAAAUGGUCAUUUAAAGAUAAUCAUCAUAAACAAUCAUCAUCAUCAUUUAUAGAUGGGAAUGAGUUGAUUAGACAAUUACCCAAUUUGAAAACAAUCAAUUUUAAAUGUCAAAGUUAUAUCAAUUUACCUGCAAUGCAAGCAUUAAAGACUAUACAAAAAGAGUAUCCACAUAUGAAUAUUCAUAUAGACACCAAAUUUGUACUAAAAGAUAUAAGAGGGUUUCCAAUAGACAGUUUAGAGAUAUCAAAAUGGUCAAAAUAUUUUAAUGGAGGGUUUACACCCAACUCUGUGUCACUGUCAACCAAUGUAUUUAAAAGUAUCAGGUCUGAUGGUGGAUAUGAAGAAUCGUUUAUUGAAAUGGUUAAAGAUCUUCAACCACAUACUCUUAGACUGAGUAUUGAUACUUGGAAAGGUCAAAUACACCUCAAUCAAGACACCCUACUUCAACACAUCUCACCAACCAUCAGACAUCUGGAAAUUAGACAAGAUUAUAUAGAAUUUUUUUAUUUAAAAAGGAUUGUACGAUCGGAUCUAUACAGAUGCUUGGAAUCACUCAAAGUAAUUAUCGAUCCAAGUAAAUUACAAGUACAAAUAAAUCUAGGUGGAGGUUUGGGUAAUGGACCAUUCAACAAAGUUUUAAUGGAUGAUUGGAUAGAAUCAUGUAAUAAUAUCAGAAAUAAUACAACUCUUAAAAGAUUACAUCUAACCUUGGGAUGUGACCCAAGUCAACUAGAAAAUGUAGAGAUAUUCCAAAUGGCAUUUGAUUCAAUUUGGAGUGGUAGAAACAAGACACAACCGGUAUCAUCAGUAAACAUUGACUAUCUAUGUUUGGAAAACAUGUCAGUUAUGAUGACACCAAAACUAUGGGAUACAUUUAGUCAUUGUAAAAGUAUAACUAAAUUAUUAUUGGAAGAUUCACUAUUUGAUGAAAUGGUUCCAUAUCUAUCCAAUUUGAUAUCAACCAACUCCACUAUCACAGUUCUCUCAAUCAAUGGUAACUAUUUGAAAUGGAGUAUUGAAUUGGAACAAGCAUUCAAAUCAAACCAAACUAUUACCAUGUUGGAUGUUGGAUACAAUCAAUUUCAUAAAGAUGCCUAUUCUUUUUUAUCGUCGUUGAUAGAUACCAACAUCCAAUAUCUGUUCCUCAGUGACGGAUUUAAUUUUGAAGAUGAUAUUGCUCCUUUUUUGACUGAAUCAAAAUCUACAAAAGAAAUUUAUUGGUAA